UAACCAUAGAUAUCUAUGGCUAUAACAACGUAACCGGCUACUUGUGUGGCUACUUUGGCCACGUGGUUGUCAAUGAAACGUGUGACGAUCGGAGGUGAUGAAGUCAGGCACGUGCAGUGAGGAGCCACGUGAUCGAGCGAUGAAGGACAAACUGGAUGAGAAGUGACGACUGGAGAAAGAAAGAAAUGAAUCCUGUCACCAGAACCAUCGGACUGACCUUUCCCGCGGUCAGACGCGCCCUCUCCCCCGCUCCGCGCCUCCUGUCUGGCGGACAAGUAACUGAGGACGUGUUUGAAGGACCAGGACUUCCGCCUCUCACAGGGCAAGCGUCUCUCUACGUGCACUGGCCUUACUGCCUCAGGAGAUGCCCCUACUGCAACUUUAACAAGUACAUACCCAGGGAGGACAACCACCACAUCAUGACUGAGUGCCUGCAGCGGGAGGCCGAGACGCUGCUGCAGCUCAGUCAGGCGUCCAGCAUCACCUCUGUGUUUUUUGGCGGCGGGACCCCCAGCCUGGCGCAGCCAUCCACCAUCGCCGCCAUCCUCGAAACUGUCUCCAGGCAGGCGACUCUGUCGGACGAGGCCGAGGUCACGCUGGAGGUCAACCCCACUCCUGCAGCAAGGUCAAAGUUGAAGGAUUACUGCCGCGCCGGGGUGAACCGCUUCUCCAUCGGGGUCCAGUCUUUGAAGGAUGAUGAUUUGAAAAUUCUGGGAAGAGACCACAGCUCCCUUCAGGCUUUGCAAACCAUCGAGGAGGCCCGGAGGCUGUGCCCGGGGAGGGUGUCGGUGGACGUCAUGUUCGGACGGCCCAAACAGAGCGUUGAAUCCUGGGAGGAAGAGCUGUCCGAGCUGCUGAGGGUGUGCGACGACCACGUGUCUCUGUACCAGCUGACUCUGGAGCGAGGCACCCAGAUGUUCAAAAUGGUGCAACGAGGGGAAGUGACGGUGCCAGCUGACGACGUGACGGCGGAGAUGUACCAGUGCGCCAGGAGGACUCUCCACCAGAAGGGCUUUCUGCAGUACGAAGUGUCGAACUUUGCAAGAAAUAAUGCGGCGAGUCAUCACAACCAGAGCUACUGGAAAGGACGGCAGUACAUCGGCAUCGGCCCAGGUGCACACGGGCGCUUCGUUCCUCUGGGGGAGGGAGGGGUGUCUCGGGAGGCUCGGACCCAGACUCUCGAGCCUGACGGCUGGAUUCGUGAAGUCCGACAGAAUGGACACGGGACGCGUAGGAGGGUUCAGCUCGGCCAUCUUGAACUAUUGGAGGAGGUGCUGGUGAUGGGGAUGAGAAUGACAGAGGGCAUCGAUCACAAGCACUGGGAGGUGUUCAGCCCUCAGAUGGGACUCCAUGAAGUCUUUGGCGCAUCCACCGAUGUCCAAGAGCUGCUACAGCGUGGACUGCUGAUUCUCGAUGAAAGAGGCCUGCGCUGCUCCUGGGACGGACUGGUCUUACUGGACAGCAUACUGCCAUCUCUACUGGUUGAGCUACAAACCCAGAGCCUCCAGGGGCCACAAAGGGACCACAGCCACUGAAGACCUCCAACCCAGAAUGAAAGUAAUGUUAACAGAGCAGAUGAUUUUGGAGAAAGCUUGUUUGUGGGUCAAACUGACAGGAAGUGCACAAACAGGUUUAUAUUAAGCCGAUCAGUGAAACAGUGGAACGUGUCAAAUUUAAGUUUAAUGCCAGAAUAUUUUUAAUUCCUUAUUUAACGCUCCACAUGUACACUGUGUUUUCUUUGAGUAGUUAAUUUUGAUGUAAUGAAAACUCAGACCAUCACAACCUCACCAGUGUAACUGACACUGAAACCUGUCUCAUUAAAUCGUUUCCCUGUAAUCUAAACUCUCGUGGUUAGAGCUUAUUAUUACAGUAUACGUUUUAUUAAUAGAUAACAAUGGUUGAACAUAUAAAUCAAUACAACGCUCAUGCAAUUGUUCAAGGUCAGUGAGGAGGAUUACAUACUGCACAUUGGAUCUACCUCAGAUUUGUAAAAUGUUUCUCAUUAAAUAAAGAUGUGUUGCAUCAGA